GAUCGAUGAGAACUAUUGUCAAGGACAAGCUGAAGAUGAUUCCUACCGUAUGCAGAAAGGAGCCUUCCUCAAUCAAAAAAACGAGACACUGCGGAUGGAAAAGGCUCGAAAGCUGCUAUUUACCGACGAGAAAAUAUUCACUGUGGAGCCGAACAACAACGGCCAAAAUCAUCGGAUCAUCGCUACUGACUAUCAGAGUGCCUGUGAAAAAUAAAAAAUUCUGAAUAAAACUUCGCAUCCGGCUUCCGUGAUGGUUUUUGCCGGAAUUACCGCUGACGGCAAAACUCCUCUGGUUUUUGUGGAUCCUGGAGGCAAAGUGAACCAAGUAUACUACAGGGAGUAGAUUUUGAAGUUGGGGGUGUUGCCCUGAGCCAAUUCUCACUACGGAAACCGACCAUGGACCUUCCAGCAAGACGGCGCCCCCGCUCAUCGUGCCAAAGGGACUCAAGAGUGGUAUCGCGCCAAUUUUCCGAGUUCAUCUCGGCUGCUGAUUGGCCUGCUUCCUCGCCCGACCUCAACCCGAUGGACUAUGCCGUGUGGAUAUAUCUGACCGAGAAGGUCUCUUCUAAGAACUACCCAAAGUAUCAAAGCCCUGAAGACCGCGCUCAUCAAGAAAUGGGACGAAAUCGACGACGACUACCUUCGUGCCGUGAUCGAUGCGUAUCCGAAGAGACUGAAGGCCGUUAUCAAAUGCUAA